GCAUGUCUCGCAUUUUGUAGGCGUGUUGCACGUGGUUCGUGUUGGGGGCGAUAUGGAUGCUGUAAUUUACCGAUGAGCCCAGGUCAAGAGUUGUGAUAAUCAAAUUCCUAUGAUCAUUGGAACAGUUGAUCACUUACAUCCAUCUUGCUGAGCAAGAUGCGAUGGAGGACAAGGACAUUGGUGCGGGCUGCCCAACGGGUGCCCAUCACUGGGCAGGCAUCGUCCGCCGGCAGAAGUUUUGUCCGGCCCAUUCACAGUGCCCCGCUAGGAGGAUGCCAGCCAGGAGGAGUACUGUCAGCCCCGCAUCAGUGAGCUGGGCAUCCCCAUGCUGUCGCCACGACUGCACGCGCAGGUGUUCGGCGCGCCUCCAGCGCCGGCCAGCCCAGAGCGCGUGCAGGCGGCGGUGGAGCAUCUGACCGAGCACGGCCUGUGGGGCCGGCCGACCGACACGUUCCACGAGCCGCCGCUUCAGCUGCCGCCGCUGCGCGCCGGCUCGCUGGAGGAGCACUUCCGCCAGGAAGCGGAGCGCCAGAGCGGCCCAUACCGCCGCCUCCUGGAGGCGCUGGUGGCCGGCGAGGCGCCCGAGCCGCCCUCCCACUGGCUCAUGACCGCCGGAUGGACGCGCUACGACCCGGACGGCAGCACGCGGCCGGUGGCCGUGCCCGACUGCGACGCCAUGGUGCUCGACGUGGAGGUGGUGGUGCGGCGGCGCAUGGUUGUCAUGGCGACAGCAGUGUCGGCGGCCGCCUGGUACGGCUGGGUCAGCCCGCAGCUGGUGGAGGGCACCGUGCCAGCAUCCGAUACGCCCACGCUGGCCCAGCUGAUCCCGCUGGACGCGUACAGCCGGCGACCCCGUGUCGUGGCCGGCCACAACGUCAGCUACGACCGCGCCUGGGUGCGCGAGCAGUACGCGCUCCGUCCGACCGGCACACGCUUUGUGGACACGAUGAGCAUGCAUAUUGCGGUCGGCGGCAUCACAAGCCAGCAGCGCGCGCUAAUGCUCGGCGCCAAGAAGAACGACGAGAAGCGACCGGUGCGCCGCGCCGCGCCAGACCUCAACUGGAUGUCGCAAACGUCCAUGAACUCGCUGGCCGACGUGUACAAGCUGUACUGCGGCGAGACGUUGGACAAGGACGCGCGCGACGUGUUCGUGCGUGGCGACGUGGCAGACGUGCGCGCGGAGUUCCAGUCGCUGAUGGCCUAUUGCGCCGGCGACUCGCGCGCCACGUGGCGUGUUCUGCGCCGCCUGCUGCCCGAGUUCCUGGAGAGGUUCCCACACCCGGCCACGCUGGCGGGCACGCUGCACAUGGGCCAGGUGUACCUGCCGGUGGGCCCCGCCUGGCCGCGUUACCUGCGCCUCUGUGACGAGACCUACCACGACCUGGAGAACGAGCUGAGUGCGGCGCUGCGCCGCGUGGCGGCCGCCGCCUGCCGCGCCGCGCACGGCGGCGCCCACGCCGCCGACCCCUGGCUCUGGGACCUGGACUGGUCGACGCAGCCGCUGCGGCUGAAGAAGGCGCCGCCGCCGCCGCGGCAGCCGCCGCCGCCGCCGCCGCCGCUGCCGGCCGGCUGGGCGGACGGCUGCCGGCCGCUGACGGAGCGGGAAUUCGAGUCGGACAUGCCGCUGCCGGACCCGCUGGUGGAGCGGUUUGCGCCUCUCUGGCGCACCGCCUCCAGACUGUACAAGAAGCAGUCGCUGCUGCCCGGCUACCCCAAGUGGUACCGCGAGCUCUGCAACAAGGACGGCUCCGGGCUUACCGAGCUGACCACCUCCAAGCGGGUGGUACCGAAGCUGCUGCGCCUUACCUGGGACGGCUACCCGCUCCACUUCACUAGUCGCUUCGGCUGGGGUUUCCUGGUGCCGGGCCGGCCGGACCCGGACCUGCGCCCGCCGCUGGCUGCCGAGCACGGAUCGCCCGACUUCCCGCUAGAGGCGCUGCAGUCGCUGGUGGCGGCGCGCCCGGCCGGCCGGCCUGACCCGACGGAGGAGAGUCCGGCCAUCGACGAGGUGGCGCUGCGGGGCUGCCGCUUCCACCCGCUGCCGCACAAGGACGGCCUGGGCAACAACGUCGGCAACCCGCUCGCCAAGCACUUCCUGGGUCAGGUGGAGGGCGGCACGCUGUCGUCGGCCGGCGGCUCAUCGGCCGAGCGCGUGCUGCGUGUCAGCCAGACUAUCUCGUACUGGCGCAACAACCAGGAGCGCAUCACCUCCCAGCUGGCGGUGUUCGGCCGGCGCUCCGAGCUGCCGCGCAGCGUCACCUCGCACCCGGACUACGAGGCCGACCAGCAGUACGGCGCCAUCCUGCCACAGGUGAAGGUGGCCGGCACGCUGACUCGCCGGGCGGUGGAGCGCACCUGGCUGACGGCCAGUAACGUGCAGCCGGACCGUCUGGGCUCAGAGCUGCGCGCCAUGGUGCAGGCGCCGCCCGGCCACCACCUGGUCGGCGCGGACGUGGAUUCGCAGGAGCUCUGGCUGUCGGCCGUCAUCAGCGACGCCGCCUUCACCCGCCUGCACGGCAGCACCGCCUUCAGCUGGAUGACGCUGCAGGGCAAGAAGUCCGAGGGCACGGACCUGCACUCGCGUACGGCCGAACUGAUCGGAGUGUCCCGCGGCCUGGCCAAGGUGCUCAACUACGGCCGUAUCUACGGCGGGGCGCGCCCGUUCGCCGUGCAGCUGGUGCGCCAGCACAGCCGCCAGCUGCCGCAGCUGGAGCUGGAGCGACGCGUGGCCGAGAUGUACCGCCGCACCAAGGGCAGCCGACGCUGGCCGCUCAACGGCCGCGGCCGUCGCGCGCUGGAGCAGCUGAGGCGGGCGCUGCAGGACGGAGAGGAGCCGGAUCCGGUGCUCUCGGACCUGCUGUCGGGCGUCGCUGACGACGAACCGUGGACGGUGGCGCGCGUCACGCUGCUGGGGCGGCUCUCGGGUGCCUCCCGGAACUGGCGCGACCUGGUGGGCCGGCCCGUCUGGUACGGCGGCACCGAGAGCUACAUGUUCAACGAGCUGGAGUCGGUGGCCUCGGGGCUGACACCGAGCACGCCGGUGCUGGGCGCGCGCAUCACGCGCGGUCUGGAGCCAGAGCUGGUGGGCGACAACUUCAUGACGUCACGCGUCAACUGGGUGGUCCAGAGCUCGGCUGUCGACUUCCUCCACCUGAUGCUGGUCUGCAUGCGCUGGCUGAUGGACGAGUGCCGCAUCGAGGGCCGCUUCUGCAUCAGCAUCCACGACGAAGUGCGGUACCUGGUGCGCUCGGAGGACCGGUACCGGGCCGCCCUGGCGCUGCAGGUCACCAACCUGCUGACGCGCGCCAUGUUCGCCCGCGCGCUCGGCCUGGACGACCUGCCGCAGUCGGUGGCCUUCUUCAGCGCCGUGGACAUCGACCGCGCCCUCCGCAAGGAAGUCACCGAUGACUGCAGGACGCCGUCCAACCCGCACGGUCUGGAGGCCACCUACAAGGUGCCGCCGGGCGAGGCGGUCGACAUCCACCAGACGGUGGAGAAGGCCGGCAGCUCGCUGCUGCCGCGGCCGCGCGCCGAGAGGGCUCCGCGACAGCGGCAGAUGUCGCCCUGAUCGGCGGCGCGUCUGACGGGGCUGAACAGGCGCCUCUCCUCUGAGCUUGGUGCCCUCUGCUCUGAGGCCGGCGCCCUCUCCUCUCAGCCUGAUGCCCUCUCCUCUCAGCCUGACGCCCUCUCCUCUCAGCCUGACGCCCUCUCCUCUCAGUCUGACGCCCUCUCCUCUCAGUCUGACGGCCUCUGCUCUGAGGCCAGCGCCCCUGUCUCCCAGCUUCUCCGUGUCCGCCUCGUCAGCGAAUGUUGCGGGGUGUCUCAGACCCUGAUCCGGACUCUGAUGUCCCCGCCCUAGUCUUGCCCAGGCCGUGGUCGCCGUGGGCCGACGGGGCUGCCAAGAGUGGCUGUGACUGUGUGGGCCGUUGGAGUCGAACGCAUCGGUGUUACAGUGUCAGUCGGCCAGGUGUUUUCAAGACGGCUCCAGCAGCCCCGUGGGUGGUGCCGCCGCGAGCUGCGUGGCUGCUGGGGCGUCACGUUGAGAUGUGCUCCUUGUUUUUAGACGGCAGGUGCUGUGCGGAGAAUACGCCUUGACUGCGUCCAGCCGACACUCCCGUGGCACUGACGCAUUGUCAU